GUGACGGGGAGGGGCCGUGGCACUGCGCCUCGGCUUCCAGGCGCGGCCUCGCCGCGGGGGGCCUCCUCGGGACACGCCCGUUUCUCGUAGUGUCGCCUCCCGGCUCUGACUGGGCCGCGCUUGGGCCUCUCCGCGCCCGCCUAGCAGUCGCGGCCUGGACCUACCCCGAGCUCCGCUCUCUCGGACCUUCCCGCCUUCCUGUCCUCUCGCGGUCCCCGCCCCGUCUCGUUUCUCCGUCGUCUCCCCCCCAGUCCUAGCUUCCCCUUUUCGUUUUCCUUCGGCGCCCUUUGCCUCUUCCCGCCCUUUCCCGCUUGUCCAAUCUCGUUGGCUGCUCUUCGGCUCCGCUCAUCUCUCCUUCUUCAUCCCUUUAUCCUCGGCCCGACUGUAGUCUCUGGUUUGGGCGGGAGAAGCAUCUUGAGGAGAGAACUUUCCAGCUGGAAACCUCUCGGCGGUGUCCCCAGUCUCCGAGGGCUCUCCAGGUUCUGAUUUUUCCCCCGAUCCUGUUAAGCUGGCGAAAGAUCCAGUGUUAACGGGAACAUCCAUAGUAGUGUAAAAACUUUCACAAUGAAAUCUGAAGCCAAGGAUGGAGAGGAGGAGAGUCUACAAACUGCUUUCAAGAAAUUAAGAGUGGAUGCAUCAGGGUCCAUAGUGUCUCUGUCUGUUGGAGACAGCACAAGUGUUAGAGCAUCAGUCAGAACAGCUGCAGAUGAUACCAAACCUAAAACCACAUGUGCAUCUAAAGACAGUUGGCAUGGGUCUACAAGGAAGUCUUCACGAGGAGCAGUGAGAACCCAGCGUCGUCGACGUUCUAAAUCUCCUGUCCUUCAUCCUCCGAAGUUUAUACAUUGCAGUACAAUAACUUCUUCCAGCAACCAGCUCAAGCACAAAAGCCAAACUGACUCCCCUGAUGGCAGCAGUGGGCUGGGAAUUUCAUCCUCUAAAGAGUUCAGUGCAGGAGAAUGCUGUACUUCUCCUCUUGAUGCUAAUCACACAGGGGCAGUCGUUGAGCCUUUGAGAACCUCAGUUCCAAGGCUUCCAUCAAAGAGUAAGAAGGAAGAUUACUCUGAGGCUACCCGAGUCUCCCAAGCAAGUCUCAAAGCCAAUGAUCUCUCUGACUUUCAGUCUGUUUCCAAGCUAAACCAAGGCAAGCCAUGUGCAUGCAUAGGCCAGGAGUGCCAUUGUAAGAGAUGGCAUGAUAUGGAAGUGUAUUCCUUUUCAGGCCUGCAGAAUGUCCCUCCCUUGGCCCCAGAGCGAAGAUCCAUGCUUGAGGACUACUCUCAGUCGCUCCACACCAGAACUCUGUCUGGCUCUCCCCGCUCUUGUUCUGAGCAAGCUCGAGUCUAUGUGGAUGAUGUGACCAUUGAGGACCUAUCAGGCUACAUGGAAUAUUACUUGUAUAUUCCCAAGAAAAUGUCCCACAUGGCAGAAAUGAUGUACACCUGAGAGCAAGAAGCUAAUUAAUAUGCUUUAAACCAAUGAAGGGUUGUCAAAGAGAUUUAGUUAAUGGCAGACCUUGCGGCCACUUUGUGUGAGAAGACAUCUCCUGCUCACUGUGCUUGCAAUAAAAACAUUUCUUGGCAUCUCA